AUGAUAUAUCUGUUUCUGAUCGGUGCCAUUUAUGGGAAGGAACUAAUCCACAGGCUAAGCGUCAAUGAGAAGAUCUUCGAUUACGGUGGCACAACACUCCGUGUAGACAAGUCUGAAUCCUUAGAAGCAUCUCCAGAAUACAAAAAUAUGUCAUAUGUUGUAAGGGAAGACGACAAAGGUGGACUAAACUUUGAAUUCUUUACAAACACCAACAACCUUAAGCUCAUCAAGAAUGAUGAAAAGCCCAAUACCAUAGAGCUACAAUACACGCCCUAUAAAGAAGGUGACAAAUUCAUAAUCUCUGAUGACGAUCGUCCAAUUAGAAAUCCCAAACUUGAUGGCUUUUAUAAACAAGGUAAUCAUUCAGAAAUCCUUAGCUUUUCUCUCUAA